AUGCGAGUUAUCAGAAUGCACUCUCACAGAAGCCGCUGCUCAUACGUACGGCGCAGUUUCAUACGCUUGGGGAAGACAAUGCCGCUUGCACCAGGUCAGUCUAAAUGGACGCUCUUCGAUGAUACCUGA